CGAGCUGUUGGUGUGGUCCAGCCUCCUCGCUCGGGCCAUCCAUGGCGUACACGUGGAGGCAGGACAACGCGACUGCAACGUGCGGCAUCGUCGUGCCAACCGGCACCGCCCACAGCCAGCUCAAGGUCGUCCUCUCCCGCCGCCGCCUGACACUCGAGCUCGCAGGCUCGGGCGUCCUGCUUCGCCGCCGGCUGUUUGCGCCCGUCGUGCCGCGCCGCACACGCGCCUACACGCUGUACGUACCGGAGAGCGGCGCGGAAUCCACGGAGCUGCGACUCGUCCUCUUCAAGGAGAAGGUCGCUGGCUGGAGCUCUCUCUUUUGCGGCGACGGCCGUAGGCAGCACCUGCAGGAGUCUCUCGCGGGCGAGAAUGCUCCUGUCUGUGCACUGCCCGAGCACGAUGGUGCGCAGGCUGAUGCGGUGCCGGACUCCUCGGCUGGGCGCGGUGCCUUUUCGGCGGCGCGCGCACGGCAGGCUUGGCGACGGCAGGCGGUGGACGGCGGCACGCGAGUCGCUCGAGUCGCACCUGCAGAGAGCCGCCUCGCAGAGAGCCGCCUCGCAGAGAGCCGCCUAUCGGGGCGAGCGGCGGUGGGAGGGGAGAAUGGCGACGGCUUCUCGAACGGCGUGGCCGCGGCGCCGAUCACGCGCAAGCCGCCUCCGCAGCCCUCGCCGGGCGGAGCGCCUGGCAACGGCAUGCUGCAGCGGAGAGACAUGCUGCAGCGGCGGGCGGAGCCGGCCGCAAAGCCUCCCUCUCGCGGCGGCGGCGGCGGAGCGCUGAUCAAGGAGAUCAACUUGCUCGUGCGCAUCCCGCCCGACAUGGCGCGGAGAGACAUCCGCGUCGAGAUCAAGCCGCUGCUGCUGCGGAUGGUGGCGCGCGGACACGUCCUCCUCGCAGGCUCGCUCGACAAGCCUGUGGUGGCUGGCGAGGCGACGUGGACAUACGAGCCGGGCGAGGUGCACGUGAUGCUGCCCAAGGAGACGGGCGGCCCGGUCUUCUCGCGGCUCUUCCCGUCCGAGGAGAAGCUCUCGCCCGCCCUCGCCAUCAAGCAGGUCUGCGACGACGAGCCGUACCAGGGGCGGUACAUGGACUUGUCGCCGGAGGCGCGCAAGAUCGUCGACAUGCACCGCAACUUCAACCACGCGCGCGCGACGGGCAAAGGCGACUGGGCCACCGAGCUCGAGGAGGAGAUGAAGAUGAUGCGCUUCUCGUGGGGGGCCGAGAACAAGGACGAGUGGGAGCGGGAGUAGGACGAUCAGCGAGCCGAGGAGACUCAACGAGAGCUGUCAGCGAGAGCCAGGGAGGGGGAGGACCUCGCCGCGGGCUCUCUCUCAACUGCACCCGUGAGAGGAGCGAGAGGGCAGGCCGGUAAGAAGAGGCCGUGGUAGGCAAAGCCGGUAAAUGCCGAGAGAACUGCUUUGUUGUGCGGGCCCCCGGCCCGUUGCGACCACACUGGUAGGGAUGGGAGGAGGACAGCGUCCCACCUUGCUGGCCUUCGCCACGAAAAUGGAAAAUGCAAAAUCG